AUGCAGUUGGUAGACAGUCAAAACAGUAAAUAUGUUAGGGAAAACAACUACAAUCAACGACAAUAUCCAAGGUUUGCUAUACAACAACUGGUGGCUAGGUUUGCUAUACUACAACUGGUGGCUAGGUUUGCUAUACAACAACUGGUGGCUAGGUUUGCUAUACAACAACUGGUGGCUAGGUUUGCUAUACAACAACUGGUGGCUAGGUUUGCUAUACAACAACUGGUGGCUAGGUUUGCUAUACAACAACUGGUGGCUUGGUUUGCUAUACAACAACUGGUGGCUAGGUUUGCUAAACAACAACUGGUGGCUAGUGCCUGUCGUGGAUGCGCUCAAUCGGACUGUGCUAAUCAAUCCAGACUCACAAUGUAUUUCUCUGAAGUAGGAAAUAUAAGACGAAGCCCAAGAAAAUUUAAACAAGUCAAAUACAAAAACGUCUAA